UAAACGAGAUCGUGUGUUGCUCCAGGCCCUGUCUCCGUGCAUACAACGACGUGCCACGCCGCUGCUGGACACUCCACCAUCACCACACUCAUCAUGGGAUCCGUCCAUCGCACCGAUGACGAGCUCCAGCUUCAAGCUCUUGGCCACAAGGGUGAGCUGCAGCGCAACUUCUCUCUCCUCUCCAUGCUGGGUCUUGCCUUUGCCAUCCUCAAUUCCUGGACCGCCCUCUCGUCCUCGCUCUCGCUUGCUCUCCCGAGCGGUGGCUCCACCUCAGUCAUCUGGGGCUUGUUGACCGCUGGUAUCUGCAACUUGGCCCUGGCUGCGUCGCUCGCAGAGUUCCUCUCAGCCUAUCCCACAGCCGGCGGACAAUACCACUGGGUUGCCGUCAUCACACCGAAGAGGUGGGUGCCGAUCGCAUCCUGGAUCACCGGCUGGAUUAACGUCUCGGGAUGGAUUGCUCUGACCACUUCUGGAGGUCUCUUGGCCUCUCAGCUCAUCGUUGGUAUCGUCUCCAUGUUCCAUCCUGACUUUGCCAUCAAACCCUGGCAGCAGUACCUGAUCUACGUGGCCUGGACACUCAUUGCGUUUUUCAUAAAUGCUUUCCUCAAUAGGCUGCUUCCUUACCUCAACCGGGGCGCUUUCAUGUGGUCUAUCGGCGGCUUCGUCAUCAUCUGCAUCACAGUACUGGCCUGCUCGUCGCCAAACUACGCAUCCCCCGAGUUCGUCUUCACCGAAUUCAUGAACACUACUGGUUGGCCCGAUGGUAUCUCCUGGCUUCUUGGAUUGCUGCAGGGCGGCUUCGGCAUCACUGGAUAUGAUGCCGUUGCUCAUAUGAUCGAGGAAAUUCCGAAUGCUAGUGUAGAAGGACCCAAAAUCAUGAUCUACUGUGUCUGCAUCGGCACAGUUACAGGUUUCAUCUUUCUCAUGAUCCUGCUGUUUGUGUCAGGUGGCGACGCGACCGCCAUCAUCGAGUCGACAUCCGGCCCCCUGGUCUACAUUAUCAACACCGCGACGGGCAACCGCGCUGGAGCUGUUUGCCUGCUGAUGUUCCCUCUGAUUUGCAUCCUCUUCGCGGAGAUCGCAAUCAUGACGACCUCUUCUCGGAUGUCGUAUGCAUUUGCUAGAGACGGUGGCCUCCCAGCUUCCAAGUUCUUCAAGAAGGUGGACAAACGGCUGGAUGUGCCCCUGAACUCCCUAAUGUUGUCCGCUGGUUUGACGCUGUUAUUUGGACUUCUUAUGAUCGGCUCCAGCAGCGCGUUCAACGCCUUGAUUUCUGCUUCCGUCGUUGCUCUUGGUGUGAGCUACGCCAUCCCAGUAGCCAUCAACGUUUGCCGUGGAAGGAAGAUGCUCCCAGCAAGACCCUUUACCAUGCCCAACUGGCUUGGUUGGGCAGCCAACCUGCUUGGUCUGGCAUAUGCGAUUGUAACAACCGUGCUAUUUGUCUUCCCCCCGGAGCUGCCUGUGACUGCCACCAAUAUGAAUUACUGUAUUGUCGCUUUCGGAAUCAUUCUCCUAAUCAGCACAAUCCAAUGGAUCGUCGAUGGCAGGAAGAACUUCACCGGACCGAGAGCCGACAUGAGCUUGGAGAUUCUCGAAGCCAUGAAGACCAACGAGCCGCCUGCGCCAGAUUACAUCGACCCCAAGCUGGCCGCCGAAGUCGGUAAAUAAUGAACGGGGCUAUUCGUAUAGUUGAGUAGUGCAGUAUAUACAUCCAAGACAGUUCCACCUUGCAGCAAACAUAUGAGACGGCACCACAUUCACUGUUACAACAUCACGACUGGCGUCUGCCUGGCCUUCACUUCUGAUUUCACUAGCGCGACGACAAUAGCGCGGAGACAAUAACAAGGCGUGUCACCUCGCUCUACUGUCGUUACGUCGGAGCGACUCACUCCACUCACUCUACUUCACACUACCCACUCUACUUCACACUACUCAUAUUCAACUUUACUACCACAAUCGUACUGUAUUCCUGACAUCAUGUCGUUCAGAUUGUUCCGCUGGCCAUGGAGCCACU